GCUGCAGGAGCCUCGCAGGCACCAUGUUGUCGUGGGGGGAGGACGGUCACCAGGUCUUCAGGGCCGUGGACAGCUCGUUAGAGGUGCGUCAGUGCAGCCCGGGCUACGUCGUCAGGGACCUGUCUGCAGGACACAGUGUGCUCAGCUUCAUCAAAACCAACGGAAACGCUUUUAUCAUCCGGACAAACCAGAACAAAGAUGGAAAAAGAGUCAGAGGAAAACAGAAGUUUGUGGAGUGUAAGGAGAAGAUCCGGGCCGUGAGCUGCGGAGAUGAUCAUGUCUCACUGUUGUCUGACAGAGGCUCAGUUCUCUGUGUGGACACAACUCACCACCCCUUCACACCGAGGCUGCAGAAGGAGUUGUGUAACAUACCUGUUCGUCAGGUGGCGUGUGGGAGUCAACAUUCAGUCGUCUUGACCAAUGAUGGUCGAGUUUACACGUGGGGUCAGGAUUCCAGGGGCCAGCUGGGUCUGGGGGAGGGGAAGCCCGGCGCCAACUCGCCCCAACACCUCCGCUCUCUGUCGUCCAUCGCGCUGGUUCACAUCGCCGCGGGGGGGGAGCAGAGCUUCGCCCUCUCUGUCAGCGGAGGGGUGUUCGGCUGGGGCAGAAACGACCGUGGACAGCUCGGGCUGGGAGACACAACAGACAGACGUACACCAGCUCCUGUCAAAUGUCUGAACAUGAAGGGAACCGUUCACAUUUCCUGUGGGAAGGAUCACACUGCCACUUUAACUAAGGAUGGUGCAGUGUUUACCUUCGGCUCGGGUCAGUACGGGCAGCUUGGGCACAACUCAUUCGCCGAUGAGCUCCGUCCUCGUCUUGUUGUGGAGCUGUUGGGGGCAAAGGUCACCGAGAUUGCGUGUGGAAUACACCACACAUUAGUGUUGACAGACGCCAAGAAGGUUUACUCCUUUGGGUGUGGAGAGCAAGGGCAGCUGGGACAUGGAGACGAGAGUCAUCCGUCUGUGCCGCUCCCCGUCCAACUGCCACAAGACGGCGGUGAGGGUCCCAAAAUCAGAAACAUCUUCGCAGGAGGAAACUGUUCAUUUGCGACGUGCUCGUCUAAUGAGGAAGUUCAUGAGGAGCCAAACACUGACGGGGCCAGUGAUACGAAACGAUGUUGUCUUGAAGACAUGAUCGACAAAUGGACGACUAAAUGUGAUUCAAAAUCCUGGAAAAAGAUAAAACAGGAAAUCAACAGGACCUUUUCCAAUGCGUGUUGUAUGAAUCAAAGCUUCCUUGAGAAAAGAAAAGAAAAACAUUUCCACACCUCUUCAAAGUACCCCGGCUUGAACUUGUCGCUUGCACGACUCGCUUUCAAGAAACUGGUGGAGAACGACGAUGUGUUUGCAGAGGUGGAGGCCGCUGUCCUGAAGCUGCUUCUCCCAUCUUGCACGGAUCCAGCGGGAGUGGAGGGGUUGAGGAUCUUCUUGCUUCUCAAUGAGCUUCUUCACGUGAUGCAGAAGCUCAAACGACCACAGAGCACGAAGCUCGCUGAGGCCGUCGCCGCUGCCGCUGUGGGGCUGUCUGAUGAAAACCUUCAGGUCCUAGGGAACUGGUGGACGUCAUUGUCAGCCUCCACCAUGUCUAAAUAUGUCAAGGUUUGGAAGAAAGCUCUCUCAGUCUUCCUGUCCUCAAACCCUGUUCCUCGCCACACUGGAGUCAGAAAUCUGCUACAAGUCCUCCAGUAUAUGUACAAUGCCAACAGCAGGACUCCAGAAUCUAGAAGGAUGCCAGACAGCGAUUUUUACUUGCUCAUUGACAAAAACUUUCUUAUUGAGGAUCUGCGUCUUUGGUUUUUACAGUCGAAAAACAAGCGUGUGGGUGCUGAGCCUCUUAUCCUUUGUAGCUUUCCAAUUGUGAUGGAUCUGCAAUCAAAGAAAAUGGUUCUCGACCAGUAUGCGGAAUUCAACAAGCAGUGGGGACUCAAUCUUCUGGUUCCUCAAGACUCACUGUUCAGACUGGACCUGAGACGAGCAUCCAUUUCAGAAGACACUUUUAAACAACUGGAUGCCGUUCAUCACAGUGACUACAAAAAAAGACUUGUGGUCUUUUUUGAUAAGAACUACACUACAGUGAGCUAUGUCUACAUGAAAGACUUUUUUCAUGAAGUCUUUCAUGAGCUGGUGUCAGACGAAUCAAAGAUGUUCAUUUUCAAUGACUCCAGAACACUGGCCUGGUUCCCCUCCAGAGCAACACACGACCACCGCAGGUACUUCCUGUUCGGAGUUCUAUGUGGAUUGGCUUUGUACAACCAGUGCAUCAUACACCUACCGUUCUCAACGGCUCUGUUCAAGAAGCUACUCGGUGUGAAGCCUUCCCUGGAGGACAUAAUGGAAUUCAGUCCAGACGUUGGAAAGAGUCUGCUGUCCAUCCUGGAAGAAUACGAAGACGAAGACUUUGAAAGCCUGGAGUUAUGUUUUUCAAUCAACUGGGAUGGGAAAGACGUUGACAUUGAUCCCAUAAACCCUGAAAAACCAGUGACAAGUCAAAACAAGAAGGAGUUUGUUGACGCCUACGUGAAUCACGUCUUCAACACAUCUGUGGAGAACGUGUUUCUGGAGUUCAGGCGGGGCUUCUUCAAGGUUUCCGACCGGGACUUGGUGAAGCUGUUGCAGCCAGAGGAGCUGCAGGAAGUCCUGGUGGGCAAAGACUUCCGUGCCUGGGAAAGGCUGAAACAGAACGCAAGUUACCACUGGCCGUACCAUGUUGACCACCCCAACAUUCGGAUGUUUUGGGAGGUUUUUGACGAUCUAACUGAGGAUCAGAGGAAGAAGUUCCUUUGGUUUGUGACCGGUUUUGAAAGGUUGCCAAUUCUUGGCAAUAACACCAUCACCAUCAGGCCCAGGGAAUUCUGGCAGGACUCUCAGGACCAGUACUUCCCUGAAUCCCUCACCUGUCACUCUUACCUGGAUCUGCCCCUAUACUCAACAAGGGAGAUUAUGAAAACCAAGCUGAUGGAGGCCUUAAACAACAGUAGAAGAAACUACAAGUGAUGGGGGACACUUUGUGAAUGGUCGACCUAAGAACACUUCAGGGUACAGGUGUUGUACCUAUUCCAUGUAUGUAGAGAAGUCUCAAGUUUACAUUUCCAACUUUGUCACAUCUCAGAAUAUAAAUAAAUAGGGGUGAUAAAUAUUUUUUAAUAUGUUUUUCCGGGUAAAUUGUUUAAUUCAACUGCAAACUUGUUCUGCCGAUUUGUAGAAGAUACAUGUGUAUGUGCACAGCAGUCACUUUCUUAUGCCUGUGUUCAUUGUUGAAACCUUUUAUUUGGGGUGCAUGCAUUAACUGUAAAGAAAAUGUACCAUUGGUGCCAAUCUGUAAAAAAACUUGCUGCGAGGCUGAGUUUGGGAGAAUAACCUGCUCAUCGAGCUCGCUUUAGCACCUUUAUCGUUUUAAAGCUGGUGGCUCACAGUGAUCCGAGUCUUUCAGAGCAUUCGAAAGGAAAUUAACAGUAACUAACAAACUCUUAAAAAGUAGUCAGCUAAAAAUGAGGCUUCCCCCUUCACCCCCUCUCCAUUUAUUCACUAAUCAUCCUCCAACGCCAUGUGACCUGAUGACCACAAGCUAACAAACAACACAGACUACACUUGACUCCUGCAGCCACAGUUUUGCAUCGAACAAAUUCAGAGCAGCUCCGUCUCGUUGCUGAACAUGGUCAACGUGGUUAAUUCUGCACUUUAGGUUUGAAGUGAAAUAACGCAGCUCAUACACACGUGAGUUAGGAGACGUAUACUUGUAUCUAGUAAGAAUUGCAUCUUGUUUAUUGCUGGAACUAUGAAAAUUCUUCGAUAUAUGUGCGAUUCAACAGUAUUGAUAUCGUCUGUGAUCCUGGUGACUGGAUUACCCAGGUUUCAGCUUGAUUUUUCAUUAACGAUGUUGAGUAACAACUGCUGUCAAUCUUUGUUUGUGCAAAUGUUCAGGUGUUGAUUUUCUUUCAUUUCUUUUUCUGUUUGUCAUAUUGGGAAAUUCUGGAUUUUCA